GUAGGAUUGUGAUACAUUGAACCAUGAAGACUGUGAAGGUUGAAAAUUGGCCGAUUUUUUUCCUUCAACGUUUGCAUGCAAUGCACCAAGCUGGAGUGAAAUGCGACACAAUCCUACGGUUUGCGAAUGAGCCAGACACUGUUUGCCUGAAGGUGCACGGUAUGGUAUUGAAUUCGUGUUCCAGAUUUUUCGAGCUACUUCCGAGGAACCGUUCCGGCGCGCUUCAAGUCUUGACCCUUCCUUGUGGCGUUGGGUAUAAAGAGAUGGAAUCAGUUGUCAACUUUUUGUAUACCGGUUUACUGGAAUUUCAAGAUGAUAAUGCUCUCCAAGUAUAUCGCCUGUGCCAGCGGUUACAAGUUGACAUUCUGGUGAAGCUGCUUGCUGUUCGUUUCAAGGGAGCGCAGGACAUGAAUCCGGAUGAUCUCACGUUGCGUUCUGAUAAAGUUGAAUUUAAAGAGACUCCUCGUCGUGGAGACUCGCAAAUCGUGCUUGAAACGGAUGGCGAUAAUGACAAUCAAAUGGACGAAGAAGAAUGCUACGAUGAUGAUGGAGUGGAUGAUGUCAAGUUUUCACAAACAAUGCUGUCAUUUAAGAGCGAUCGUCAGAUUAACAGGGGACACAAAGUUGUUGACUCAAUAACUUUGGAUCAUCAGUCAAGAGCAGCCAGGAGAACAACUUUGAUGGCAGAUCCAUCAUUAAUGGAUUUUGAUCUUCAUCGUAAGCGUCCACAUUCGAAACGCGCGAAGGUUGAAACAGGUGCAUCAGCAACCAUGGAAGGAAUCGAUAUCAGUGAAGAGAUGGUUUCUGAAGUUAUCGGUCGAAUUCCAAAACUGCGCGAUGCUACUUCAGGCGGAAGAAAUGUUAGAAUUGUCAAGAAAACUGUGGGAAGGGAAGAGCUUAUCCGCAUGCAAAGGAAAAGAAGCAAUGACGAUGGAAAAAGACUGGCUACGUUGGUACUCAAAACUAUCGAGACGAGAAGAGUCGAGCCUGCGAAAACAUCAGCUGUUUUAACGGCAGUUCCCGAACAGCCUAACAUGGCAGCCUCUCCGCGGUAUUCUGACUGGAAUUGCAACCUUUGCCAAGAUAUUGGUCGCACUCAUAAAUUCAAGUCCCUCCCGCUUCUGACUGAACAUUAUGCUACGGUCCACGACAUUGAUAUUUUUGUUGUGUGUAAAACCUGUGGACAAGAUGCCCCCCGUCGACUUCUCAGUUCGACUGCCUCGUUUGUAACGUACUCAUCAGUUAUGCCUAAUCCUGGCACCCAUAUCCGUUGUUUUACUUGUCAUUAUAUGGUGGUGAUGACCCCAAAAGAGAAUACAGAAGAGAAGGAGGAAGACUCCGAAACGAAGCCAAUCCCCAAGCCUGAUAAGGCGAAGCCUCUGCAGUGCAAAGACUGCAAACUAACUUUUCGAACAGCAUACAAUUUGUCAAUGCACCAAAAGGCCCGGCAUCCACGAGCGGCGGCAAAACAUUCAGGAUUGGGGGAUGAAGUGAGCGCCGAAGGGAUUCCUUUUGAUCAGAUUGCGCUUAAAGCCCCAGACGGUACUAUCAUUGAAUUGGCGAGAACUGUGGAUGGUGAGCCGAUAAUUAUUUCUGAAGCUGAACUUGCGGAACAAAUCUUGGGAGAAUUCACAUAUGUUCCCGAGGGAGUCGCCACUGCGGAAAACGGGGAAGAGCAAUACGUGUACGUUCCAGUUCCAAUCCAUGGGGAAGCAGCAGAUGCUGUGCUGUGCCUUGAAUUCCCAGAUGAUGCUGUGGUCGAACAAGUUGAUCUCACGGCCGAAGAAUUCAAGCCUCCCGUUCCUGCAGAAGACUUCCCCGAACCUUUCGAUGAAGAAGAGCCUCAAGAAAUAAUUGCUGAAGAUGUCAAAGAAACGUUGGAGGAGAUAGUGUCAUCAGAAGCGGUUCCCGAGGAAAGCAAACCAGACCUGGAAACAUCAUCCUCCGAAAAUCUGCCUUCGGCAGAAAUCCCCAAGAUGGAUAUCAUAUCUGAGCCUGAAGAACUUCCAUCUGAUGCUGCGGAACCCGUGGAAUGUACUGAAGUUGUUGAUGGUGGAGACAGCAAUAGUGUAGGCCCUGUUAUUGAAGGAGAUCUAACGGGCGAAUUGAAGGCGGUGGUUGAUCCUCCAUCCGAAGCAUCAUGA